CUCUCAUAAAAGAAGAAAGUAGAAAAUGACUCCUCUGAUAAGGUCACAUCAGUCUCAGAGCGGGAACAAAGCAAGCACAAGCUACUGUUACGGUGUUCGAGAAGGAGAGAAACCCACAAACAGUCCUCAAGAACGUCAAACACCAAAAAUCUUUUAAAAUAUAUUUCAGAAUUUUCUCGCCCUCCAUUAGUGAAAAGAGAUGCAUAGCAAGGUUAAAGCUUGCACAGAGUGCACUCGCACGUGUUGGUUGCUUCAUAAAGGGAAUAACUCAGUACCUGCUUCUAGUGCUGCUUCUUUUUUUAAAGUAAUGUUCGGUGAAGAGUUCUCUACAUUUCUGUUUUUGCCUCCAAAGUUUGUUAACGAGUUAUCAUUAAUGGCUGGUAAAAUAGCUAUUCUUGAAGAUUCAUGUGGGGAGCAAUGGGACGUGAGAGUUUCCAGAGUUGAAGGCUCCCUUGCUUUUCAACAAGGAUGGAGUAAAUUUGCAUUGGAUCAUGAUCUGAAAAUGGGUGAUUUUGUUUUGUUUCUUCACAUAACCGAGACUCAUCUUGUUGUUAAGAUUUAUGAUUCAACAUCAUGCGAGAAACUAAAGUUUCCUGAGAGAAGAAGCAACCUUAUUAAAAGGAAAAGAGAUUCCACAACAACUUCUAGUGGGAGAAGUGGUCCACGUGGCACUGCUGAUGGAAAUUCCAUUGACACCUCUGUUAAUUUUGGUGUGGCUGCAAGAAAUGGUAGAUGCCCAAAUGAUGUGAUUGAUGUAGUGAAAGAACCAAUUGUCACACAAAACAAGUCUAUUUGGAAUUAUAAAAAUGAAAUUUCUGGAGCAGCACACAACGCGGAAUAUGCUGAAGAAACAUAUUGUAUAAUGAAUAGAGAAAAACAAGAAGAUGAUAUAAGGUGUAACUUGGAUUUAUCUGUUCUUGAAACGUUGAACAAUGUUGGCAGCAAAAGAAACAACAAAGAGUCUUUAACAGCUGCUGAAAGAUUUCCUAAGCCAUUUGAUUCUUCCAUGAGAUCCCAAAAGGGUGCUUGCUUGACUAGUAAAGACCAAGUGGUGAAAGAGGUAUCAAGCGGAGCGGGGCCUUUACAUUCCUUCAAUUGUGAAAAAAAGGGAUCUUUUUCCUUCAGAGAUUAUACUAAUAUUAAGACCUCUGGAAAUCCCUUGCCAAUGCCUGUAGUUAAUCCUGUAGGAAAUGGAAGGAAUACUCUUAAUAUGUCAAAUAGAGGAAUAGAAGAAUGUCAGGUUGCUACAGCUGCAGGAAACAAUCAGGUUUCACAAUCCAAAAAACAUAAUGCAAUCAAUGAGCAUCCUCAAACUGCCAGAUAUCACAUUCAGGGAACUUCAGUUACUUCUAGUAAAAUGACGAAGAUUGUUAAAGAAGAAUUCAUGGAGAUUGAAUCAGACCAACCCUUUCAAAAACUUGCUAGAACAUCAUCUCAGGUGACAAAUGCGGUACAUUCUCAAAGUGUUAAUUUUGGUGUUAAAAAAGAUGAUAGAGAUUCAGUGUUGAAAACCGUAAAUGUCGAUGUUGUUGGAGGUUCAACAGUUUUACCCAAUUUCUCCCCUUUUCUGGCCACAAGCAGUAAAUCUUUUAUUGAGUUGCCCGAGUUUUUGCCAUUUCCCUAUGUGAAGGGUAGGUAUGGCUCGGAAAGAAAAUUGGUGUUCUUACGCGAUUCUUCUCAGAAAUUGUGGCCGGUGGUGUACCAUGAGAAUCUUAAUGUGCAAUUUAUAACAAAUGGUUGGGAAGCCUUUUGCAAGGCAAAUGGCAUUCAGUCUGGAGAUCAAUGUCUUUUCAAGAUUGAAAAUGAGUCUGAAGGCAUAUAUUCUGUAAGUGGAGUUAGACAGUAGGAACAAACUAGGAAAAGAUAUGGAAAAUGCUAACUCCUUUUGGAUAGCAUUAGUACUUCAUGUAGGAAGUAAAGCUUGUAUCUGAUCUGGGAUUUUGUGGUACAAAGCUUAUGGCCAACCUUUUAUGUGAAUAGUCCAAAUAGAUGUAAGGUUAGUUUUGUUGCAACCUUUGGAUUUAAUGACAAAGUGCGUACAUGAGAUAAAUGAAACUUAAUGAAAUUUCUUGUAAUACAAGAUUCGUAAU